ACAAGUUGCAAGCAAUAUAAUAGUGUAAGAUCCACACAAUUCAAAUCCAACCAACACACCACACCAACCCCUUGUUUUUUCUCUUUUCUUUUUAUUCCUUUUUUCUUACCCUCUCUCUCUCUCUCUCUCUCUCUCUCUGGUUAUUCUUGAUCAUCUCCAUUUUCCAACACCGAUCUCAACGACCCUUUUGCAUUUUCACACGUGGGUCAUCGUCAAAAUUUCAUCUUGGGGUGCCUGUCACCCUAUACAAUUUUGAAGAUUUGAUUCUGUUUUUGUGUGGUUUUUGGUUUGAUUUUUGUUGGGAUUUUUGGUGUUUCAAUGGGUUGUUUAGAUGAUGGUCGAUUCAAUGUUGAGCUUGAAAAUGGGAAGAACAAUGGGAAAGAUGGUUCUGCCAUUGAAGAUGCUGUCAAGGUUUUGUUGAUGGGUCUUGGUGAAGAUAUUAAUAGGGAAGGUAUUAGAAAGACACCACUUCGUGUUGCCAAAGCCCUUCGUGAUGGAACAAGAGGUUACAGGCAAAAGGUGAAGGACAUUGUUGAAGGUGCUUUAUUCCCUGAAGCUGGUUUAGAUAAUAGAGUUGGCCAUGCUGGUGGAGCAGGUGGACUUGUGAUUGUUAGAGAUAUUGACUUGUUUUCCUAUUGCGAGUCAUGCAUGCUUCCAUUCCAGGUCAAGUGUCAUGUCGGUUACGUUCCCUCCAGUGAAAGAGUUGUUGGUUUAAGCAAACUCUCCCGUGUUGCUGAUGUAUUUGCAAAGCGGCUUCAAGAGCCUCAGCGUCUUGCAAAUGAAGUUUGUUCUGCUCUGCAUCAUGGAAUAAAGCCAGAUGGUGUUGCCAUCAUACUUCAAUGUACACACAUCCACUUUCCAGACGUAGAAUCAGUCUUUCUCGACUCAAACCACCAAGGAUUGGUUAAGAUACUCGUUUCCGCUGGUUCUGGGGUUUUCGAAAACAAGAACGCAGACGAAUGGGCUGAUUUCUUUAGUCUCCUCAAAUUUAGAGGUAUCAGUAUGGAAAAAAUCAAUUUUAGAGGAUCAUCUGACAUGAGCUGGUGUUCUUCUCAAUCAGCCAAAAUUUCCUCCAAAGUCGGGCCUGUCAACCCUGCAAUGGUCACUGCAGCAGCUUCGAUUAUUAAAUCUUUGGGAGAAGAUCCACUGAGGAAGGAGCUUAGAGGGACUCCAACUAGAUUUGUGAAGUGGUUGAUGAAUUUUCAAAACUGCAACUUUGACAUGAAGUUGAAUGGUUUUCUCAAUGGUGGGAUAGCUUCUUUAGACACAAAUAAGGAGGUUGAAUUGAAUGACAAGAAAAUAUGUUCUGAGCUGAACUUAGCAUUUUGGUCACAAUGUGAGCACCAUUUACUUCCAUUUCAUGGUGUUGUUCACAUAGGUUACAUCCUAUCAGAUGGAUUUAGUCCUAUUGGAAAAUCUCUUUUACAAUCGAUAGUGCAUUUUUACGGUUUCAAGCUUCAAGUUCAGGAGAGGCUUACCAGACAGAUAGCUGAAACAAUUUCGCCGUUGAUAGGUGGCGAUGUGAUAGUAGUUGUAGAGGCUAGUCACACAUGUAUGAUUUCUAGGGGUAUUGAAAAGUUUGGAAGUAGUACUGCGACUAUUGCUGUUUUAGGACAGUUUUCAACUGACCUUACGACAAGGGCUUCCUUCUUGCAGGGUAUUCCAAGUCCUACAUCUUCAGAUCAAUGAUUCUUGUUUGAACUUGCUUGAAAUAAUUUAGCACUAGCUCCAAUUUUUGUUUGCAUUUUGAAGUUGCUCAAAUUUUGUUUCAGUUUACAUAGAAUUAAUAGCCAGAAAUUGUCUUUUAUAUGCUUCUUAUACCCUAAAUCCCUUGACAAAAGUUGGAUUUAUGUAUCUGCCAACUUUGGCAGUAAACUGUUGUGUAAGUUUACCCUAAAAGUUAUUCUUGAUGUUGAGUUUUGAAUUCUCAUUACUUUAUA